AAAAAAGCGGUCUCUCUCCUGCUGGGCCCGUAUAUGAACGCCCGACCAGGGGCACCGCCCCGUCGUUUUUCCGCCGACCGCCUUUGGGGCGGCCAGCUCGUGACUGGGGCAUCACCGCCCGUAAACAAAGCACAGCGCUCCACGUCAAUCCCCUCCCCCCAUCGACCCUCUUCCCCGUCACCAAUGGUGUCGCUGGUGUCAUGCGUGUCUCGUCCAGUCCGGUAAUUUGAACGCAACCUUGUCCCCUGCAGACGCGAUGUUGGGGUGGAUCACUGGGCAGGAAGACCAGGUCGCAGACAACUCAAGGACCGGAGAACCACCCGAGACGCCCGCUCCCGUGUUUGCGAUCCGCGCCUUCAAGAGCGCCUUGUUUGGCACCCCCGGUGCCGAUGACGACGAGACCGCCGACCGUACCAUCCAGACAAAGAAGCCAUCCGCCAAUCGGCGCCUGAAUGACUAUAUUUCCUUGAAGCCAUCGACUGGAGCCGCCAGAGAUGCUUCCAGGGCUGCCAAAGCCGACAUGGACCUGGGAAUGAACGCGAUGGCCUCGCCUACAAAAAGCAUCCUCGUGACCCCCGGAACCGCAUCCAACCGUCGGAAGACCGUAUCCUUCGGCGACAGCGUCGUUGAUAACGAACGCAGACGGGAGGACCCAUCCACGAAAUCUUCCAAAACACCAACAUCCUCAUCCAGCAACUUCAGCAACCAGUGGUCGGCUAACUUAUCGGACGGCAAAUUUAAGCCUCGGAGUAAACUCACCCAAGCCUUGAUGGAUUCGCGCGACAGGUCUUCCAAGGGCAUGGAGCUCUUUUUGUCGCAGGACGCCGAGCCUAACCCCUCAUCGGAGGUCGGACCCAAACUCUCGCCAGCGGAAGACGACAACGAUGAUACCAUCAACUUGAACGAGCCCCGGUCGCAGUCUGGAAAAUACUGGAAGGCCGAAUUCGAUAACUACCGGACAAAAACCACCUGGGAGAUCAAGAAGCUCAUCCAGUACCGCUCGGCCGCGAAAACGUACGCCAAGAAGAAGGAUGAAGAAGCGUCGCGAUUGGCCGACAAGCUGAGGGAGGAAGAAAUUAAAGUCGCCGAGAUGGAGCGUCAUGUUACCCAACUGGCAUCGACCAUGGUCGGAGAGAGUCCCAAUGCGGACAAAGAGAAGCUGGUGCAGGAUCUCACCAAACAGACCGCAUUAGCCUUGCAAUACAAGCACCGUGUUACCUCGCUACGCAAACUGCUAGAACGGCACGGCGUCGUGGGAAACGAAGUCGAUGAUAUCGCCGAGCAUUCUGAACCCGAAAGUUCUUCCGAGAAGGCUACACAAGAGCUCUGCAAGACCCAGCAGGCACUGGAGGAAGCAAAGACCAAGAUCGAGGAGAUGAAGCUUCAACAUUCCGACUUCACCAAACUACAAGAUCUCGCCCGCAGCUCCGAACAGAAAGCCUCCGAGCUCCAGAAGGAGAAUGCAUCGCUCAAGCAAACCCUCGCCCGGGUGAAGCAGGAGAUGAGCAAAUACGAGGGGCGGCGCAAAGAGAAGGAAGCCAAGCUGAAGCAGCGGGAGGCCAAAUUGGAGACGCGCAUCCAGGAGUACCGGGAACGGUUGAAAACCACCUCGCAGCAGCACCGCGACCAUGAGGAGGACCUGAAGGAGUCCUUCAACGAGGAACGCCGUCGCAUGCAGGAGCAAAUCGACCAGCUCAGAGUCAAACUCACCGCGAUCGAGAGCCUCCCACAGACCCAGGCCCGAGCGCGCCACUCCGACAGCCCUCGCAAAAACUACACCGGCGUCCACGUGUUCGACUUUGCGCAAAAGAGCCCUCAGAAAGACCUAGAAGACGAAAACACAGCCGAUAUUGACGAGCCACCCAGCCCGAGCCCGCGGGCCAAAGAGCGACGCUCCUACCCCUCUAGAUACACAACAACGGGCGAUCUCGACCUGAAACGAGCCAUGAAAGCAAUGGGCAUCACCGAUGAACACCAACUCGCCUACCUCGGCGAAUCCAUAAAGCCCCCCAAAUCCCGCUACCACACCGACAACGAAGAACAACCCGUCAUGCCACCCUCCUCCCCACCCGACUACCACCAAGCCCCAACCACUCGCUCACGCCCCAAACAGAAACCCACCCAUUCAGAAACUUACCGCAGCCUCUACGCCCCAACCACGACGACCAUGACCUCCCUCGCACACCACCUAGCCAACAACCUAGACGACAGCCACCACGGCCGUACCCGUGCCCGCCGCUCCCCCUCCAAAUACAGUCUCGACGCGGUCUCGGCCCUCCCCGACUCGCACGUCCUCGACCGCGCCAAGCGCCGACAAAGUCUCGCCGCGGUCGUGCCCCGGGACUCGAUCCCCAUGGACCGAAAGCUGCAAGCACAAGCCCGCCUCAAGCAGCGCAAACAGGAAUCCCGAAAGGGAAAGGAGAAUAUGCGGGCAUACACAAGCCAACCAUUAUCAGUGCUUGAACCUAUCUCUUAAUGAUUUCUUUCUUUCUUUAUCAAACGUCGACUUGGAACGAAAUGGAAUGAUACGAAAGAUUCAUUCUCUUGUCAUGAGUAGCCUGCCUAUCUUACCCUGUCUACCCCCCUUUCCUUUGUGAUGGAAUAGGUAGUAUCUGUCAUUGUCAUUUUCACUGUCCUUGUCCUUGUCUCUAUUAUGGUGGUUUGGUGUGGUCGGUCUGGUCUGGUCUGGUGGGCGGGUCGGUUGGUCGGUCUGGUGGGUUUGAUACGGUACGGUACGGUUUUCCUCUGUUGUUGUCACUACUGUCUACUUAGCU